UGCUCGGCCAUGGAAACCCAUUCCAUGAAGCUCCCUACGCACUGUUGUACUAAUCUGAAGGCCACACAAGGUUUGGAGGUCUUUAGCUAUAAACUCUGCAGACGGUUGGGGACUUUUGCGCACUGUGCGCUUCAGCAUGCGUUGACCCUGCUCUGUCAUUUUACGUGGCCUACCACUUCUCGUCUUAGUUUUUGUUGUUCCCAGUUUCUUCCACUUUGUUAUAAUAUUAGUAAGAGUUGGCCAUGGAAUAUUUAGUAGAAAGGAUCACGGAUGGACUUAUUGCACAGGUGGCAACCUAUCACGGAACCACACUUGAUGUCACUGAAGUCCUGAGAACGAGCCAUUCUUUCACAAAUGUUUGUAGAAGCAGUCUGCAUGCCUAGAGGAUUGAUUUUAUACACCUGUGCCCAUGGAAGUGAUUGGAACAUCUGAAUCCAAUAAUUUGGAGGAG